AUGCGAUGCAGGGAGAGGAGACGGCGGCGUCGCGGCGCCAGUCGACCGGCGGACGCCGCGCACGACGCACGCCGCGCGCCAUGUGACACGCUGCCGGCGCAGGCCGCCAUGACCGAGGGGGCGGGCAGGCCUAGGCCCGCGCCGCCCCGCAAGCCGGACUCGCUGGCGCUCGCGUGGCCGCGCUGGGACGACCCACCACCCCCAGCGCCGGAACAGAAGCGACCCGGCCCUUCGCCACUCCGCGAUGACUUUGGCGCUUUCAGCCCUUACACGCCUCCGAACCCUAUACAAGCCGACCGGCGUCCCCGUCGGCCCCAAAGUGUUGUGUCGCCCCGACCUCCGAACGCUCAGCUCGCUCGCCGGCCGCACUCGAUCGGCUCGAUCGACGAUGAAUGGCCUCAAGUACCUCUGUUGCAGCCGGUGCCGCGCCGGCUGCGGCCCGUCGCGAUGUCCACGCUCCCGCGCGCGGUCAACCUGCCGUCCUCCAGGAGUGAUUACCAGUUGCAAAGGCCGGCGAUUAUGACGAACGGUUACGGCGCGGUGCCGCCGUCGACGUCGCGCCGGCUGUCUUUGCCGGGUGGUAUGCAAAACCCGCCGAAGACUUCCGCCACCUUCCACGGGCUGGCAGCCCUCGUGGGACCUCAUCCUACUCUGGGAACCCCUGGCACUCCGAGCACCCCGGCUGCGGUCAGGGAGGCCGUGAGGCAUCUCCUGAUGCAGCCUCGCAACGGCUUCCCCAUCAUGGACCACAAGCUGUCACUCUUCAUCGAGAUCUUGGACGCUCAAGAGAAGUUUUCUCAGGUGGGCCCGCCGCAGGUGUUUACCAACUUUUACUUUGAUUGA